AUGCUCACUUGCCAAAAGCUAUUGGGUGCUCUUCGAUGCUUUUCUAGCAACCAUUCCCAUAUUGACACUCAGAUUGAUAUUCGCUUCCGGAAGGCUUCCUAUGCCAGCCGCUUACGGCAUUUGCCCAACUCCAGCACACGUGAAACUCGUGUGUACCUGGUGGACUUGGCAGGCAGUGAGCGAGCUGGCAUGCAUGCGCUAGCACCUGAACAACUGAAAGAAGGAGAGCACAUCAACCUAAGCCUCUCAGCGUUGGGGCGAGUAGUCGGUGCAUUGGCAAGCGGCAAAUGCGAGCAUGUCCCGUACCGAGACUCGGCGCUCACUUGGCUUCUGAAGGAUGCCAUCACUGGCAGCAGCGCCCGCGUGUGCAUGGUUGCAGCUGUACACCCUGCGCAUCCUGUGGAGACAGCCUCCACCUUGCGUUAUGCACGGCAGUACUCGGCGCUGCAGAGCACUACAGGAUCGCAUGCCUCUCAGCUCUCUUCUCAGGUUCGAGAUUUGCAGCGGAAAGUGGAUUCUUUACGCCAUGCCUUCGAAAAGGCUCGAUUUUGGGUUUCAGUCUUGUGGGCAAUGCAAGGCACUACUUUACAGCCAUAUGCGGCAGUUGUGCCAGAGAGGUGUUCUAACAUGAUGCAAUCCAAGACUUGA